AUGGAGUGUCUGUCUCGUCUCCUCCUCUCUAGAUACGAAGCUGACACCAUUAGAUAUCACCCGGGCACAGAACAGCUCAAGAUAUCGCAUCUGAUGUUUGCGGAUGACGUAAUUGUUUUCUUUGAUGGCUCAAGUAAUAGUCUUCAUGGAAUUUCGGAGUGCUUGGAUGACUUUGCUUCAUGGUCGGGCCUGCAAAUGAAUACAUCAAAAACAGAGUUAUUUACCUCCAGUCUCGACCAAUCUGAAUCAGCUGCUAUUUCUAGCUACGGAUUCACCUCUGGUCAAUUACCCAUCAGCUAUUUAGGACUCCCCCUUAUGAGUAGGAAGCUCAAAUUAUCAGAGUACGCCCCGCUUCUGACUAAGAUCACAGCAAGAUUCCAAAACAUUGAGAAGAAAGGCAUUGCAAAAAUUGCUUGGCAAACGUCUCCUUCUCUUUGGGUGGAAUGGCACUGGAAUCCACACUUGAAUGAGCGCUCAUUCUGGGCAAUUGAACCGCGAGCGACAUACUCUUGGGCAUGGCGGAAGCUGCUCGAUCUUAGACCUCUAGCUCUUCAGUUCUGUAAAACAAAACUUGGUAAUGGUAGGUCUACAAGCUUCUGGUUUGACGUCUGGACCCCUCUUGGUCAGCUGAUUGAUUAUAUUGGUCCUGCUGGACCGAGAGCGUUACGGAUCAGAGAGAAUGUGUUGGUAUCUGACGCCAUCACGGAGAACAUCUGGUCAUUACCACAUCCCCGCUCUCAAAGGGAAGUUGAACUUCAUAUGUUUCUUACGACAGUUAACUUGCCUCUCCCUUUAAAUGUUGUUGAUAAGGUAGAAUGGUUAGCUGCUGAUUUCCUCUCUCGUAUUUUCAGGUCUUCCACGACGUGGGAAGUGUUGAGGCCACGUGAGGAGGUCAAGGACUGGGUGGAUAUUGUCUGGUUCAAAGGUGGAAUACCGAAGCUUGCAUUCACCAUGUGGAUAGCAAAUUACAACAGACUCCCCACUCGUUCUCGUCUAGCGGCCUGGGGUCUUCCCAUCUCAUCGGAUUGUCCAUUCUGCUCACGCUAUGAAGAAACGAGAGACCACCUGAUGUUGUCAUGCCCUUAUAGCACAGCUGUUUGGCAGGAGGUUCUGAGAAGAUGCCACCCACCUUCUUCUAUGUUUACUUCGUGGUCGGAGCUCCUUUCUUGGGUCCGAUCCUCUCCAUCAAAGAAGCUAACUCUCUUGAGGAAGCUGGCGGUUCAAGCUGUGAUCUUUAAUAUCUGGAAGUAA